GAGGUGGAUGGGGUCACACUGUCACUCUACAAUUGUGUCGUCGGCGGUGGCCAUGUUCUGGAAGCACACCUCCUGGUCCUGGCACGAUGACGGGGGCGACGAUCGGCAUCACGGAGAGAACCGCGGCGAGCCGCUCGAUUGCCGCCAUUGCGACGACACUCGUGCGAUCGUCACUCUACCAGACCCAAAGCGCCCCGCUGACUCGGCGGCCGGGACCGCCCCAUCGUCGGGGACGCUCGGCAGAGACGCCGAUGCCUGCCGCCAUACCAAACGGGUCGGUGACCGGGACACCCGUCAGAGGCCCGAACGGAGCGUCGACCGAGACGGCGAGCGAGAUGCCGCAACUCGACAGAGGGUCAGCGUCACGCGAGGACUGGACGGCUUCGGAUUCACUAUCUGCUGCGACGGUCCCGUGCGAGUUCAGGCCGUCGACACCGGCGGUCCCGCUCAUCGCUCGGGCCUCCGCCGAGGCGAUGCGCUUUUGCAGCUCAACGGACUUCCUGUGGAAAUGUGGAAGUGUGGCGAGCUGGCUCACGCCAUCAGGAGUUGUCCCAGUCGUAUCAUCUUGGUGGUGCGGAGAGGCUCACCUGAGGUCAGGACGUGCUGCGAGACUUUGCUUCGUCUCACGGCAGCCGACGAGAGCGCCGCCGCGCCGCCGCACCAGCCCGCCCCCGGUAAACACGGCCGCCGCAGACGCCAUCGGGGGUCGUUGGUGUCGUCCGGUCUGGGGGUUCUGGGGUCUCUCUGGAGAGAUCGCAAGGAAGACAAAGAAGAAGAAAAAGGAGGAGAAGAACCACCGUGCACCUCCACGCUGAAGGGCACCCGUGUGACGUCAUCACAGGGUGACAAUUACAUUAUCCUGGAGCAGCUCACCCAUCCGGUAUUUGAGGACAGAAGCACGACCCUGAGUAUGGCUCCCGUCUCCUCCAUCUCAAUACGGCUUCUUGGCACGCACACGUGUUUGCAUCUUCCAGGGCGACCAUACCAGAGCCACCACCCCGGACGAGCGCUCGCUUACGAGCCAACGGACUCGGCGGGUCCCCGGCCGUCCUCGGCCGUCUCCUCGACGCUGCACGGCUACCGCAACAAUCAAGCAACCAGCAUCUGGUCACACGGGCCUUCCUGCGGAGGCGCCGGAGAAGCGCCCAAAGCGCUCAUCUUGCCCAUCUGCGCUGAGGUCAGUGGCAGCAGUCGGGAUCCCGUUGACCUCGGGACCGGUCUGAUGACGCGGUGCCAAUGUUGCCAUGCGCCAGCCCGUGGACCCGCGCGGCCCUGACACGACGACGCCACUGAUGUCAAAAGAAACGCUUCACCACCG